CUUACUGUUCAAAAACUUUUUUCUGGUAGUGUUAAGUGGGUAAGGAUUAUCACUUUUUAUAUCGUUUAAAAUUCUAAAAAAAGAAAAUGUACUUAAAAAAGCAUUAAUUUCGUGGAAUGCCCCACCAAUUAACAAUAAAAGUCGUUUAAAUGUCAAGGAGAGCAAGAGAGCUAAUAAGAUACAGUACAGUCUUGAAGAAAUAUUUGAACAGCUGGUCGGGUCUGUGAUUCUGUGCUGGAGCUUGUAAUCAAUAAAUGACCCUCUCAUGUUUAUCACUUAUUCCUCGUGUUCCUGAGGCACCUAAUUGGUCUCUUCUCAGUUCGCCGAGGCCCAAGAGGAAAGAGAGAGCAUUGCACUCACACCAAGCACCACUCACUCAGUACUGGUCCUCGCAUCGCCUCUCCUCUUCCCAUCUCUCCCCCUCUCCUCCUCAACUCAAAAGCAAAACAGAUGGUGGAAAAGCAGCAGCACAUCUGCCCGUGCGUUCUGCAACAAUAGAUCGCAUCGAGCUGGAGUCGAGCCUGGUCAUGUUAGCGUCCGAGAGCUGCUAGAGAUUCGCUGUGUUUUCUGGCUUCGCCUUUCACAACGGCUGCCGAGGGAGGACCGCGCGUCUGUCUGGGUUCUCCAACGAGCGGAGAAGAUGGCCGCCAUUAAGAUUUUAACCAGCGCGGGGCUUUUCUUGGCGUUUUGCGCUCUGGUCUUGUUGGCUAUGGCCAUCUGCACCGAUUACUGGUACGAGACGGAUGCUCGGCGGCAUCGCGAGCGCUGUAAGAACUACGCAAACAAGCGUAACGAUCCUGGAUACAUUUACAUCUCAAAUCACAACUUGCCUCUCCAGAUGCCUCCAAAGGGCUAUGAGAGGAAAGCGACGGAGACGCGCGUCAAGCGCCACGCUCCAGCUUCAGCGACGGCCAUGGAGUCUCACUGCAGCCGCCAGUUCAACUCCACGAUCUCCGGUCUGUGGAGAAAGUGUCAUCGCGAGGGCUUUGACCUGGAGACCGAGGACCUCAUUUACAAAGGGUUGAUUCAGAGAUGCACCCCUGUGAAGUAUCAUUACACCUCUUCAAUCCUGCCUCGAAACCUUCCUGUCAACAUCACCAAGACCAUCCGGCAAGAUGAGUGGCAUGCCCUGCAUCUGCGGAGGAUGACAGCAGGUUUUGUGGGCAUGGCUGUCUCUAUCAUCCUUUUUGGCUGGAUCAUUGGAGUUCUUGGAUGCUGUCAACAACAUGAUCUCAUGCAGUAUGUAGCUGGACUACUCUUCCUCAUGGGCGGAACCUGCUGUAUAAUUUCCCUUUGUACGUGCGUGGCGGGCAUUAACUUCGAGUUGUCGCGUUACCCACGUUACCUGUACGGCCUUCCAGAGGACAUCAGUCAUGGGUAUGGCUGGUCCAUGUUCUGUGCCUGGGGCGGACUGGGUCUCACCCUGCUGGCCGGUUUCCUAUGCACGCUGGCCCCUUCUUUAAGCAGCCCUUUGGCCCGCACCACAGUCCACAAGUCCAGGCACGAAAAUGGGACUGUGUGAUCAGAGACUUCUGGAGCAACACUGCAGCACAACAUGUAUACAGCGUCUACGUAAGGACAAAGCAUCUGGCCUCUUCAUCAUCAUGCAGUAUAUUGACUGGAUCAUUCCUCUUUCCAUGCUCAUAUGACUCCAGUGGCUUUCGGGCUCUUGUUGAUCACCGUUGUCAACACAACUAGUGUACACCGUCCAUUUGUUUAAAAGUCUGUAAACACUGCAAAUGGAGAAACAAGCACAGACCACUGAGCAUCUUCCACCUUCUCACAUGUUUCACUCUGGUUCUUUGUGACACAAAAAAAAACCCCAACGAAAAAUGUUCACUGCUCUGCUUCGGAGAAGCGAGCUGGAGGCGACUGUCUUCUCUCCAAGAGGAUUCAAAAUGGUGCUCUCUUUUCAAAAUCACACAACUGCACAGAAAUCUUUUCAAAGACAUCAAGAGGACAAGUAAAUCCACCGGUUUUUCUUACAGCUGAAUGACGGUGUAAGCCCCGAGUGAAGAGGGGAGCAACAGAAAGGGGAGAUAAAAGUAUUUCUGUCAUUCAAGCUUUGAGAAGCACAUUUCCCAAGGCCUCAAAGAGUCUGUAUGUGUAAAAAUACUUUGUUUUGUCUAGAUUUCAGGUCUGUUUGUAUGAAAUUAUGCUUGGGAUACAAAUGGAGCCUCUUUGUUAUGAUUGUAACGAUCGGUGAUCUGGCUUGGUCUGUGGUAGCUGUUUUGAGGAAUCUGACCAAAUUUAUUCUUAAAUGGCAUGUGAAUAACCAACUUAAUGAAAAUGUUUGUGGAGGCAUUUCUGAACAUCAUCUCUCAUGAAGCCUUAUUGCUGUUUUGAGCACAACAUGAUUCGAAUCAGAGUUAUAUGAGAGCUCAGCACCUUCCAACCACAACUGAACGGUCAAGAAACAACUAAAGCUAUGGCUGCACCGCAACAUGAAGGUUUUGAGGGAAAUUCAGUGUUGUUUAGUCACAAAAAGUGAUGUGAGGUCUAAAAAGCGUAAUGUACAGAUGUUAAAUCAAGACGCUGGGUUGCAGGUUGAGUGUUUAAUAUGGUACAAUAAAUGACACGCAACAAGCUACAAUGUUUACAACAUAUAAUGUUUGUACUUAGGAGACUCCAACCAAACAAUAUUUUAAAAACCCCAACAGGCCUGGAGGCUUUGAUCUAGUAAUAAUCUAGUAAUGUCCUUUUUUAAGUGAGUGUUUCCACAUUAUCAUGAAUAAUUCAUAUUGAUUCUUCUCUCACCAAUGGAUAUUAUUUAUUGAGGAUGCUACUGUGAAAAGCACAGUUGCCAUUAAUCAUUUACCAACACCUCACAUGUCUUUGCCAAAUGUACAUUCAUAGUCUCAUAGACCUCCACAGAACCCUGAUCAAUUCUUGAGCACAACGUCUUGAUAUUGAUAUUCACGGUGGGGAAACGCAAUAGAUAAUAAGACUUUAAGGACGGCAAAUACUGUGGAUGUAUUCCGAGUGCAUAUUUUGGGAAAUAGGAAAUGUGUUUGUAAACUGUCAUUUGAGGGAAACUGGGGAGUCCAGUCAUUUUUAGGGUAAAUUGGCCCAAACAUUUAUGUCAUAGACAUAAAAUAAACAAAGCCAAAAGAACAAAUCCCUUUAGGUAGAUAGGAAACGUGAUGUAUUGAGUGUAACCUUUCUGAUGAAAUGCAGAUCAGGUAUUGACUGAAAAUAGAGUGGCAAAGAAGUAAUAAACACCACUUUGAAAAAGAUUUGUGGUAAAAGUCUGAAAAUGUAAAUGUUUUGGACAGGAUUUAAAAAAAAAAAAAAGAGCACAAGAACAUUGUGGGAAAAAGCUUUUCUAAUAAAAGCAGCUUCAGGUGUUUUGUCACUUAUAGGGAGAUAUGAGAGACAUUUGUACAAAAGCUGCCAUAUUCUUUGGCAGCUGAAGUAGCACCACUUUUUUAUUUAUUUUUGGGUAUGAACUGUUUUUACUGGUUCAUUUCAUAAUUACAGCUGGAGAAAACAAGUAUCAUUGUCUUGCAUGCCGUCAUAUUGAUUAAUUUCAGUGUAUUUAGAUUGUGUCAAUUUUUUAAAUGACUUUUAUUUUAUGAAAUAAAAUGUUAGUAGCAUUUCA